AGCAUUGUUUUUCCGAAACAGAAAAUUCGUAGGGUUUGAACGAGGUUGAAGGAGGAAGCGCAGUAACACAAGCACUCAUCGUUGCAGAAUCAAUCAAAUCCAUCGUCUCAGAUCUUCAGAUCCAUCACAACAAUGGUGAGAGGAUUGCUCAACAAGCUCGUCUCCCGCUCCCUCUCCGUCGCCGGAAAAUCGCAGAACCAACAGCUCCGCCGCCUCAACAUCCAUGAAUACCAGGGUGCUGAGUUGAUGAGUAAAUAUGGAGUUAACGUUCCGAGAGGUGUAGCUGUUUCCUCUGUUGAAGAAACCAGAAAGGCCAUCAAGGACGUGUUCCCUGGUCAAAAUGAGUUGGUGGUUAAGAGUCAGAUUUUAGCUGGUGGACGAGGAUUGGGAACUUUUAAAAGUGGCCUUAAGGGAGGAGUGCACAUUGUUAAGACUGACCAGGUUGAAGACAUUGCUGGUAAGAUGCUUGGGCAGAUACUAGUUACCAAACAGACUGGUCCUGAGGGAAAAGUUGUUAGCAAGGUUUACUUGUGUGAAAAGCUAUCACUUGUGAAUGAGAUGUACUUUGCUAUAACUCUUGAUCGGAAGACUGCUGGUCCGCUUAUUAUUGCUUGUAGAAAAGGAGGAACCAGCAUUGAAGACCUUGCAGAGAAAUUCCCAGAUAUGAUUAUAAAGGUGCCUAUUGAUGUUUUUGAAGGAAUUACUGAUGAAGAUGCAGCUAAGGUUGUUGAUGGUUUGGCUCCCAAAGGGGCUGAUAGAAAUCAAUCAAUUGAACAAGUGAAGAAUUUGUAUAAACUUUUUGUUGAUAGUGACUGCACUCUUUUGGAAAUCAAUCCCAUAGCUGAGACAGCUGAUAACCAACUGGUCGCUGCUGAUGCUAAGUUGAAUUUUGAUGAUAAUGCUGCGUAUCGUCAGAAAGAGAUAUUUGCUCUUCGUGACACAACACAAGAAGAUCCACGAGAGGUGACUGCUGCAAAAGCAGAUUUAAAUUAUAUUGGGCUAGAUGGAGAAAUUGGUUGCAUGGUGAAUGGGGCAGGAUUAGCAAUGGCCACAAUGGAUAUUAUUAAAUUGCAUGGGGGUACUCCUGCCAAUUUUCUGGAUGUAGGUGGGAAUGCCUCCGAAGGACAGGUUGUUGAGGCAUUUAAAAUAUUGACCGCCGAUAGCAAAGUGAAGGCAAUUUUGGUUAAUAUUUUUGGUGGUAUAAUGAAGUGUGAUGUUAUUGCAAGUGGAAUAGUGAAUGCUGCAAAACAGGUUGCACUGAAAGUCCCAGUAAUCGUUCGUCUUGAAGGCACCAAUGUUGAUCAAGGAAAAAGAAUUUUGAAGGAAAGUGGUAUGACAUUAAUAACGGCUGAAGAUUUAGAUGAUGCAGCUCACAAAGCAGUGAAAGCCAUUAACAAAUGAAGGGUUACUUCUGUUCAAAUUCCAAAAUUACACCAUUAUUUUUUGUGUUAAAACUUACUGACGAGAAGGAAAUUCUUGCGGCAAAUCUUAUUGGAGCCGCAGUGGUUAUCAAAGCAUUUCCAAUAAGUUAAUGCUUUUCAAAUUGUGUUGAUGGCUUGAUGCACAUGGUUGAUAUUUGGUUCUUUUAACACUUCAUACCGACCCUUUGUGGUUGUUCCUGGUUUAGUUCUCUUUAACCUUUAUGCGAAUAACAUGGAAAUAGUGCUUCAUUAAGCGGCCGAAACCUGUAGCCUUUUAAUUGAGGAUUUCCAAUUUUGAAUAUUCA